AAAUUGUCUCUUGCAAUCGAACUCCGCUCGUUUUGGGAACGAAAUCUCAAGCACUUUCGAAACAUUGCUCCAUUUAUCUGUGGGAGAACUUUAAAAAGGAAGGAAUUUCGAUUGUAGUAAGCAAACCCUAACUUUACUGAAAGCUGGAACUGACCUGGACUUGAUAUUAGAUUUGAUGGAUGGUGCUGGGAAACAAGAAAAUGGGAGAUAUAAGCUGGACCAGUACAAAGGAGCACCCCCUCCGUGGAACAUGAUGCCACAACAUCACAUGAAGGAACAAAGCAAUGCCUUGGUCAUGAAUAAAAAAAUCAUGUCUAUACUUGCUGAGCGGGAUGCUGCUAUUCGAGAACGGAACAUCGCUAUUUCUGAAAGGAAGGAAGCACUGGCUGCACGAGAUGAGGCUCUGCAGCAGCGGGAUAAGGCACUUGCUGAACGUGAUAGUGCCUAUAUUGAGAGAGAUAAUGCUUUAGCUGUGCUACAGUACCAGGAAAAUGCCAUGAGCUUCCCAAUUGGAAGUGGUAUUCAGCGUGGAGGAACACGCAUGCACCCUUCAUGCCAUUCAACCGAAAUGGGCGAAACUCUCCAUUGUGAAAAGCACGUUACUGAUGCCAUCCCACUAUCUACCGUCACUUCUGAAGGCAAGUCUUGUCCUGUAAAGCGGACAAAGGUGAAUAAAGCUGCUUCACAGAAGCCGCCUCGGAAGAUUAAGAAAGUGGCUGAGGGUUUAAAUAGGCAAGCUGGUACUGAGGUAAGGAAGUGUAAAUCUGAGUGGAAUGCUCAGGAUAUUGGAUUGAACAUGGUAAACUUUGACGAAACCACAGUGCCUGUGCCAGUUUGCACCUGUACAGGAGUUCCCCGACAUUGCUACAAGUGGGGAAGUGGUGGAUGGCAGUCAUCUUGUUGCACUACCACCAUGUCAUCAUACCCAUUGCCACAGUUGCCGAAUAAGCGUCAUGCCCGAGUGGGUGGCCGGAAGAUGAGUGGUAGUGUUUUCACAAAGUUGCUCAGUCGCUUGGCUGCUGAAGGCCAAGAUCUAUCUAUACCAGUGGAUCUGAAGACCUACUGGGCUAGACAUGGGACAAAUCGCUACAUCACCAUCAAGUAGCUUGUGGAGCGUGUACCAUGUUUCUGGUGCAUGCUGCCGCAAAGAUUCGACGGAACUUAGGAAAGGAUUAAAAGAAAAGGGAUGGAGCUUUUUGAUGAAAGGAGGUAUCUUUGCUCCAUUGAUGUAGGUUUCUAUAAUUCCUAAAAUGUUAAAUAUCAAAUUCACUGGAGUGGAACAGAACAAAGUCGUUCUUCUAUCUGCAGUCAAAACUCUUAUUCCCCUGGUAAUUAAUCUCUACUAUCCAAAUG